AAUCAGUAACUGCCACGUGUCCUGAAACCCUCCACUGUGAAAAAAAAUUCUCUUCUUUGCAUUGAAGGUGGCUGAAAGGGAAAGUUCUUCCUUUCUUGUUGCAGAGGACGACCCAUAAAAGCUAGCGUGCCGAAUCUAGUCCGUCCAAACCCAGCCCUAACUUUCCAUCCCCGCCGUCCAAUAUCCCUGCGCCGGAUAUUGCCGGCGUCUGAGUCACAUCCCAACCGAUCUGACACACAUGGCCGGGAACUCAUAACCCUAGAGAAGGAAGAAGAUAUUCUGCAUUUUGAUUCUCCUUCUGCUCCAUCUUCAAUCUAUAUUUUUUCUGCCGUUUUCCUAUUUUCGGAUCUUGAUUUCAGUCCGUCGUGAGAGAGGGAGAUAUGUACGUCCCUCCGCCGCAGGGCACUGAUCGGGGCGUCGCGGGAGCUCCGGACGCUGCGGCGCCGAGGAUUUACCAGGCCUGGAAAGGCAGCAAUAUAUUUUUCCUUGAGGGGAGGUUUAUAUUUGGACCUGAUGCAAGGUCUUUGUUGCUGACCAUAUUCCUCAUUGCUGCACCUGUUGCAAUUUUCUGCAUAUAUGUUGCCAGAAAACUAAUGGACGAUUUUCAUCACCACUUGGGAAUAUCAAUAAUGGUGGUUGCUGUUGCAUUUACAUUAUAUGUUUUAGCUCUUCUCCUGCUCACUGCUGGCAGAGAUCCUGGUAUAAUACCUCGCAAUGUGCAUCCUCCAGAGCCAGAAGGCUUUGAAGGAAGUACCGAAGUUGGAGGAGGUCAAACCCCCCCACUACGCUUACCUCGCACGAAGGACGUCUAUGUCAAUGGAAUAUCUGUAAAGGUCAAGUACUGUGAUACCUGCAUGCUGUAUCGAACCCCCCGCUGCUCACACUGUUCGAUCUGUAAUAACUGUGUGGAACGCUUUGACCACCAUUGUCCUUGGGUAGGGCAAUGUAUUGGAUUGCGUAACUACCGGUUCUUCUUCAUGUUUGUCUUCUCAACAACUCUACUCUGCAUCUUUGUUUUCGGUUUCUGCUGGGUGUAUAUCAAGAGGAUAAUGGAUGCUGACGAAACGACAAUCUGGAAAGCGAUGACCAAGACUCCUGCCUCCAUCGUGUUGAUAAUCUACACUUUUAUAUCGGUCUGGUUCGUUGGUGGCCUCACUGUCUUCCAUUUAUAUCUCAUCAGUACAAACCAGACUACAUAUGAGAACUUCAGGUAUCGAUACGAUCGGCGAGAUAACCCAUAUAACCGAGGGGUUGUGCAGAACUUCAAAGAGAUAUUCUUCACGAGCAUUCCUCCUUCCAAGAACAAAUUCAGGGCAAGGGUUCCACUGGAACAGGGUUUACAGUCUCACUCAGCGGGCGGAGGUUUCGUCAGCCCGAACAUGGGGAAAGCUGUGGGGGACCUCGAAAUGGGCAGGAAGGCGACGUGGGGAGAGGCAGGGGCUGGUAUGAGCAAUUUUGAAGGAGGGUUCAAUGGCAACGGUCUGGACAACAAGGACGCAGGAUUCGGAGAUGCUUCCCCGGAUUUAAGCCAAACUGAGAUCCCCAUGGAGGGAAUGGAGGCACGUGCUGGUAUUCACCCCAGGCGUUCUAGUUGGGGCAGGAAGAGCGGGAGUUGGGAGAUAUCUCCUGAUGUACUUGCUUUGGCAGCAGGAGUCGGGGAAUCAAACCGGUCUGGCAGCGGCAGUGGCAGCAAGACAGCUGUAAACCGAUAGGGGGGAUUGGAUGACGACAGCAGGGGUGGGGAUUUGGGUCGGGUUUGGCUUGAACCUUCCUUUGGGUAAUAUAUUCCAAGUUAUUGCAAUGUGUGUGCGCCUUUUGUGGACUUUGUUUUUGCAAAGGGAGAGGAGGGAUUGGGGGCCAAAUUGUAUUUCUAGAAUAGAAUGAUUGUGUGCUAUUAUGAUUUUAUUCCUUUUUAUUUUAAUUUUUUUCAGUCCUUGAUUGAAUAUUGGUUUUUGUAUUGCAGUGGCAGUUGUGGAAUAGUGUUGCAUUUGUUUGGUUUGGGUUUUUCCCCCCUCCCCCUAGGGUUUGAGGCAACUGAUUAUCAAAAUGAGGGCUGUGUGAUUUUAGGGUUGUAAAGGGCAUGGUGUUCGUUGGUGUGGUGGAUCUCCUUAAUUUUAAAUUUAAGGUAUAAUAAUCUAAAUUCCUUUUGUAGUGUUGCAUUCUAUUUGCAAAUGCAGUCA